CCCCCCCCCCGCUAAUUGAGACGGAGCCAGAUCCCAUCCAGCACACAGUUUAAUUUUCAUGGGGCUCUGGGAUCAAAAGAACAGACACAGCAACAACAAAAGCCCAGUCGCUGUCUGAUUUAAAACUGGCAAAGUGAGAAAAAUAGUGUUGAGUAAACAGACCAAGUUGGCUGGAACCAUUAUAAGUUCUUGGGAGAAGAGAACUGAGUUGGACUUGACAUUGAGGACCGUGUGAAGACAUGGGGAGUUUCAAAGGUCAUGCCCUCCCCGGAACCUUCUUCAUUAUGAUGGGUAUUUGGUGGACCACCAGGUGCAUUCUGAAGUAUGCCUGCAAAAAGCACAAACGGACUUCCUACCUUGGCUCCAAAGUAUUAUUCCAUCGAAUAGAAAUUUUUGAGGGAAUCAUGAUAAUCAGCAUGGCUAUCACUGGCAUGCUUGGGGAGCAGUUUAUCACUGGAGGGCCCCACUUGGCCUUAUAUAACUAUAAAGAGGGCCAGUGGGUCGAACUCCUGAGCUGGCACCAUUUCACCAUGUAUUUCUUCUUUGGGCUGCUGGGUGUGACAAACAUCUUAGGCUUUUUCAUCAAUUCACUUCCCGCCUCCUUAACCAAGUUAAUGUUGUCAAAUGCCUUAUUUGUGGAGGCUUUUAUCAUGUAUAAUCACACUCAUGGCCGGGAAAUGCUGGACAUCUUUGUGCACCAGCUGCUGGUCUUGGCCAUCUUUGUGACAGGCCUGAUUGCCUUCUUGGAGCUCUUCAUACGGACCAAUAUCACUGUGGAACUUCUUCGGACAAGCUUUAUCCUGCUUCAGGGGAGCUGGUUUUGGCAGAUUGGUUUUGUCCUUUAUCCCCCCGGUGGAGGUCCUGCAUGGGAUGCAAUGGAUCAUGACAACAUUAUGUUUCUUACCAUAUGCUUUUGUUGGCAUUAUGCAUUAAGCAUUAUCGUCGUUGGAAUGAUUUAUGCCUUUGUCACUUGGUUGGUUAAAUCUCGACUUCAGAGGUUCUGCCCCUCAGAAGUUGGACUCCUGAAAAAUGCUGAACGAGAACAAGAAUCAGAAGAAGAGAUGUGAUUUUGAU